AUGACAGAUGAGUUUCUGUUUCAAGACAAUAAGAACCAUACUGUCUGUAUAAAUCCAACAAAAGGAACUUUAAACGAGAAACCUAUAAAUGAACUUCUUUUGAAAGCAGAUGUUGACAACAAAGCUGACAAAGAAUAUGUAGACGAUGCAAUAGCAAAAGAAGAAGAAAGAGCUAACAAUGCUUAUGCAACAAAAGAACAUACUCAUCCUGAACUAGCAGACAAAACAUAUGUUGACAAUAAAAUGUCAAGUGAAGUGACAAGAGCUGAAAACGAAUAUUCUAAAAAGACUCAUACACAUUCUAUAUCUGAAAUAACAGACUUAAACGUUAGCCUUGAAAAUAAGGUAGAUAAGGGACUUAUGGCUAGUGUGUUAGUGAAGAAGGCGGAUAAGGAAUAUGUGGAUGAAAAAGAUAAAGAAAUUAUAGAAAGGGUUGACUGGUACCAUGAACGGACAUCGAAGAUUUUAAAAACUAAAGCCGAUACAGGAUGGGUUUCAGGAUGUUUAGACCUUAAAGCAGAUAAAACUUAUGUUAACGAUGAGUUAGAGAAGAAAGCAAAUAAGACUCAUACACAUACAAGUUUUACAACUGUUGCUAUAGAAA